AUGAAGCUUCUCAUGUCCGACUACCAAGUGACGCUCGUGAACAAUAAGAUGAACGAGUUCUUCGUCAAGUUCUACGGUCCUGCAGAGACUCCCUUUGCAAAGGGCGUGUGGAAGAUCCAUGUCGAGCUCCCCGAGCAGUUCCCUUACAAGUCCCCGAGCAUUGGGUUUAUGAACAAGAUCUUUCACCCGAACAUUGACGAACUGAGUGGCAGUGUGUGUCUGGACGUCAUCAACCAGACCUGGUCGCCCAUGUUCGAGCUCAUCAACAUCUUUGAAAUCUUCCUCCCCCAGCUCCUGCGCUACCCAAACCCCGCCGACCCUCUGAACGGCGAAGCCGCCGCCCUCCUGAUGAGGGACUCGAAGGCGUACUGGAAGAAGGUCGAGUCGUAUGUCGACAAGUACGCAAACGAGACGGACGCGGACCACGCCGGCGACCAUGACGGCGCCGAGACCAUGUCCCGCUCGCACCGCGCAAGAGCCGCUGGCAGCAACGGUGCCGGACCCAGCAACGGCGCCAGCAACGGAACCAGCAAUGGCGCUGGUAACGGCCACUCGAACGGCCACGGUGAAGACGGCGAGGACGACGAUGACGACGACGACGACAAGAUGAGCGACAUGGGCGAGCUGAGUGACGGCGACGAGUUCAUGGGUGAGAUGGACGACUAG